GAAAAAAUUAUAAUAAGAAUGGUUGUUUUAGAUGUAAAAUUAAGUGCUUAUGUUUUUGCCUUUAGCACUUAGUUUAUGUCCAUGAAGUAUGACUUCUCUGCUGUUGUUGUAGGAGCUUAAUGGAGAACUUAUCUGGUCAUGGAUUUGAAUCAGAAGAAAGCGACCUAGAUAUGCCAGCUGAAAGCUGUGUUGAACAUGAAAGUAUAGAGAAUGAGUUUCCAAAGAAUAUAGAUUCAUGUGUGAGUGAAGCUGACAAGAUAGCAGAAGAAUCUGUUGAAGUAUUUUUGGAUGCCGAAGCAUCAGAACCACAUAUAGGUAUGGAGUUUAACACGAGAGAUGAAGCAAGAGAAUUUUAUGUUGCAUAUGGUAGGCAUACGGGUUUCACUGUCCGUGUCCAUCAUAAUCGUCGUUCUCGAGUGAAUAAUCAGGUUAUUGGUCAGGAUUAUGUAUGUUCAAAAGAAGGUUUCCGUGCAAAGAAGUAUGUGUACAGAAAAGAUAGAGUUCUUCCCCCGCCCCCAAUUACAAGAGAAGGAUGUCAGGCAAUGAUUAGGCUAUCUCUAAGGGACGGAGAAAAGUGGGUUGUCACCAAAUUCAUUAAAGAGCACAGCCAUAAACUAAUGAGCCCUAGUAAAGUUCCUUGGCGGGGAUCUGGAAAGCAUUUACUAAGUGAGGAUGAGAAGGAUAAAAGAAUUCGAGAGUUGUCACUUAUGCUUUUCAAUGAGAAGCAAAAAUGUAAACGGCAGUGUGCCACAUAUGAGGAACAGUUGAGUAUACUCUUGAAAGAUUUGGAGAAACAUACAGAACACAUAUCAACGCAAGUUUCUGAUAUUGUUCGGAGGAUCACAGUAAUUGAGGAGGAACAGUCAGAGGACUCAGACAUUGGGUAGAAUUCAUGCAACUUAACUCUCUCUCACUCUCUCUCUCUCU